CAGCUGUUUCCUACGUCCGUUCAGGAACUAUGGUUGGUGUUCUUCUGGCUUAAGUCAAUAUCAGCGGUCAUAAUGUGAAAAAAGCUGUCUGGGGAACGGUGUUAGCAGUAGAAGUAAAUAAGUGAUGUAGGUGGACGAUAAACAGUAAAUUUUGAUUACAUAUGAAAUCUUGUGGGCAGUUGAUUUUUUAAACCACCUGAAAGUGAGAAAGCAUUAAUGUUGUAUGACUGUUGAUUCCAGUGGACGGCUGCUUGAGACCAUUCACAGACUGUUUGGGAGUAAGGUUUGCAUUAUUUCGCUUAUACAGGAAACUUAACUGUCGACUUCAGGUUGAAUGAACGAAUAACCAUUCUGGAACUUUUUCCAGAAAUCCAGUUAUUCAAAUCGCGAUAAUGAAAGUACCGAUUACAGUGGAGAAAAGAUACAGUUAAUUAAACUAUAUUUAUCCAGAAUGAGUAAUUAAAUGAAUAGUAAAGAUUCAAUGGAUCUAGAGAACCAAACCGAGUGAAAACAUCUGCGCUAUCGGGGGUGAUUUAGAGCGAAGUCGCCAACAGGUCCUCUGCUGAGAACUGUAUUAGAGUAGGCUAGGACGUGUAAUUUUUUCCAACCUAUCCUCAGCGGGGAUCUGGCUCACUGAUUUAAGUAGUCGGUUUUCAGUCAACUCGUCACUAAUGCCAGUUUCACCACUUCAGCCUGGAAAACUGGUUGGUAUCAAUAGCCCUCUCACAGUAAGUCUGGAACAUAUGUUCUAGGUAGUUGAUUUUAAACAGUUGGUUCACAGAGUGGUGGAGUAGCAUAGCUGGAUUACUGGUUGCCUAAAAUAAACACAGUAAUGACAUUGCACUCUUCAUGGUCAGCAAUAUGACUUCAUCCUCACACCCCCACUAUACAGUUGGGAAUACCCUAUAAUUAUAAUUGUUCUCGUUUUAACCGCUAGAACGGUACGACUUUGAAGAACAUUCGAUCCAACCAGUUUAAUUCAUUGAUUUACUGUGGUUUCAACGCAGUAACUAUCGGUUGGGUAGGUGCAAACUGAGAUAAAUAAGAUAUUCCUCAAUUGACCAAUCUGUCUGCUCACAACUGAGAUUACCAAGAAGAAAAUCACUACUUACAGAGUCUGUUUCAACUUCGUAUGAUGCAGGAAGCUGAAUUGUCUUUUAUACCAUAUAACACUUCACACGUAUGGAAGCCACCGGUCAAACUGUCAGACUGCUCAUCCGAAUUUCUCCAGUCGUCUUCUGUCGACUAUAGCAUCUUAGAAAAUCCAUUUUCUUCUAAAUCGGAACCUUAUGAUCCCAAGCUAGAAGCAAAAUUAUGGCAAGGAUUGGGUAUACUCAAGACUGAUACUGUUGAAAAUGAAAAACCUGCCAGUGAGAAUCCCUACUACCUGACGUCGAUACCUGGUCUUCACAGUAAACGGGAAGUAAAAAGAAUACGUCGGGCCGAACGUAAAAGUAAACUGUCAAAUUGGUUUGACUUGCCAAAACCUGAAGUUACUGAAGAAGAUCGUGAUGAUUUAGAACUAAUUCGACUACGUCGAGCUAUUUCUUCGGAUACACAUGUUAGAAAGGCAGACGGCAAAUCUACUUACUUCCAGAGAGGUGUAGUUGUAGACGAUCCAGGCAGUUUCUAUGAUAGACUACCACGUAAACAAAGAGGGAAAACUCUUGUUGAUGAACUUUUAGCUAAUGCUGAAAUAAUGAAAGUUCACAGGAAACGGUACGCUAAGAUUGCACGCUCUAUGGCUGAAAAGCGUGCCGCUAUUAGAAGGAGAGAGCAACAAAGAAUGAAGCGCUUGAAAGUUAAGGGUAAGAAGCCACAAGCCACUGUCGUUGUUCCCGAGUAACUUUUUUUAAAACAGGAUUUCCUAUUUGUACAUAUAUCACAAAAUAAGAGUGUUUCUUUAAAA